CCUACCCUACUAUAGUGUGGGGUGACUCAGGAUCCUCCAGCAGAAGCCUGUUCAGAGCGGAGGAAGGCGAAGAAAAAACUCUCAAUGAGAAGAAAAGCCAGGCGCGCAGGGGAUGUUAUGUAAUGUGACAGACAUCAGGAUGACUGACCCCAUCCAGGAGCUCGGGGAUCCACAUGCGCCCAUCCUGCAGGGUCUGUGGGAGAGCGUGAGAGCAGGGCAGCGUCACAUCCAGCUUUCUCCUUACCUGGCCGCAUCCUGCGCCUUCCUGACUCACCUGGCGCUCUGUGCGCCUUUCUUCUUUCUGGACGCGCUGGGGCGCGUAUGUCAGCGCGUCCGCUCGUGGAGGAUCGCGGCAGGCUCCGGGCCCCCGCCGUCCCUCCAGCGGUGGUUCCAGUGUUUCUGCAGGGUCCUCUUCAAAUACACCACAGCGGUGCUGCCAGCAGCGGCGCUCCUCCAGCUGCUGAGAAGCCCCAACUUUCCGGAGCUGGCCCCUACAUGCUGGCAGCUGUUUGUGGAGGUGCUGGCAUGCUUCCUGCUGUUUGACACGCUCUUCUUUAUAUGGCACUACUCUAUGCACAGGGUUCCAUGGUUGUAUCGGACCGUCCAUCAAAUGCACCACCAGCACCACGUCCCUUUCGCAUUGGCAGCUCAGGAUGCUAGCUCAGCUGAGCUACUGUCGCUGCUACUGCUUGCUUUGGGCAGUGCCUGGAUGCUGGGCUGCCACCCACUCAGUGAAGUACUGUUCCAUUUCCUCAACAGCUGGAUGGCAGUGGAGGACCACUGUGGCUACAACCUGCCCUGGGCUCUGCACAAGCUGCUUCCCUGUAUGGGAGGAGCCCCCUAUCACCAUGCCCAUCACAAGAAGCAGAAUACCAACUUUGCCCCCUACUUUACUCACUGGGAUUUUCUUUUUGGUACCUACUGUGCAUCAGUGCAACAUUCAGAAUGAGACAACUUUGUGGUUUUAUAAAGUGAACCCUCAAGUCAAAGACAUCCAUCCAUCCAUCUUCUAUCACUUGUCCAUCAUGGUCACAGGGGGCUGAUACCUAAGAUGAGGUAUACCCUGAACAGCUCACUAGUCCAUCACAUGGAUAUAUAACCACGCACACACACACUUGCAUCUAAAGUCAUUUUAGAGAUGGCAAUCAACCCAAUAGUCCUGUUGUUGCAGUGCUGCCCAGAAAGAAACUGAGUAUGUUGAAGAGGGCAUGUGGAUUUCAUGCAGAAAGACCUCAGGCCACAAACUGAACCUAGGAGCUUUCUGCAAGGCAAUGGUGCCACAAACUGUACCACCCUGAAGGCCAAGUUGCAGAAAAUGAAGGACAAAUCAAUAAAGCUGGGAUAACCUAACUGUUAACCAUACAAGAGUUUGUUAUAUGUACAUACGUUUGUAAUAGAUAAGAGUGUGGCUACUGUGAUAUGAAGAGUAUUUUGAAUGGCUUGUUGGCAUGUUUGCGGGGGGAAGACUGUAUGAGAACGUCGGGAAGAAGAGCAAAACAUUUUAAUGGGGUGAAAAAAAACUAUAAUCACCGACAUGAGUAUGAAAUUUUGUAAUUGGGGAUCAAAUCAGUAGAUGCAUUUACUGAAAAUAUAUAUAAAAUAAAAGCAUUUUAAUUGAAUCAUCUACAACUAAAAUACUACUCCCAUUAGUGUUUCCUCUACUCUAAAACAUGGCAGUAUCUUACGCUGGUGAAGAUUGUCAGUCAUCCAGUCAUUAGUCAUUCAAAGUAAAAAAUAAAUAAAAAAUCACCAGGACUUUGUUUUCCAAGUUUGAAGAUGUUUCGCUUCCCACCUCGGAAGCUAUUUUAAUUCAAAAUGUCAGAAUUAGCGUUGAGUUACAAGCUUUAUCGAGUAGCCCAAACAAAGCCUUGUUUUGGCUUAGACAACAUACAAAUUUAACCAGAAGAAUGGGUCCACCCCUUAGGAAUGGGGAGUCGAUUCAGGUCUUUGUUAGCCUGCAAUACCCAAUACUGGUUUUAUGCCUCUGAAAGGGGGUCAUUAGGGUCAUUGUUGGCAUGGCGAUGGGGGUUGAGAUGAUAACUGGAAGAAAUAAUUUCUACUGCUGCAUUGUAGGUUUUUCUCUCUUAACAUAGAUGGCUUCCUUCACACCCCUUUCAAACCACCUGUCUUCUUUGUCCAAAAUCUAAACAUUCUGGUCCUCACAAAAAUGUCCUUUGUCCAUAAAGUGUAGAUGGAAACCGAGUCAGGUAGCUCUCCUGUGUUGAGCCAUGCGUCUGUGGAGAGGUUGUUUGGUUUCUCCAAUA